CAGCGUGGAACGCACGUCGCUCGGCAGCAGCUCCAGGAAGUAAAGCCUCCGGUCCAGUCAGAGGAGGUUUGCAGAAAUAUUUUGGAGCUGUCAAUAAGUACGUGUUCAAUUCAGACUCAAAGCUGACGUCAGCGGGCGUGUUUUUCACCAAAGAGUCCGGAAGGACAGCGCGGCCGGCGGUACCUGAGCGUCCCACAGAACCUGGACCUGUCAGCUGUUGGAGUGAAGGAAACAUACACAUCCUGGAUGAUGGUGGACUCCACACUAACUCGGGUGGGGAAAAAUCUGAAUGAUGCCAUGAGGAUCCUGGAAGACAGGCAAAGGGAGCUGGGUGCAGGAACAGAGAGGCAGCGUUUCAGUAGAAUGAGCAUCCCUGGACCCCUGCAGGGAGAUGGUCAGGAUGUCACCAUGAUUCUACAUCUGGUUCACAGUCUCAUUCAUGAGGAAGAAGAGGAGGAGGAGCAGAUGGACAAGCCUACCCAACAUAGGAUGCAGAAUGUUGGUGAACAGGGUCACAUGGCGUUGCUGGGUCACAGCCUGGCAGCUUACAUCUCCGUGUUGGACAGAGAGCGGCUCAGGAAACUGACAACUCGGAUUCUUUCUGACACCACGCUGUGGCUCUGCAAGAUCUUCAGGUUUGAGAACGGCUCUGCAUGCUUCCACGAGGAUGACAGGGAUGGACUGGUAAAGGUGUGUCGGCUGGUCAUCAACGCCCGUUAUGAAGAGUACACCACUGAGGGUUAUUCUGUGUUGAGCUCCAAGCAGCCAGUCAUCUACCAGAGCGCCUCCUGUAGGCCUGGUCUGGGACAGCACCUGUGCARUCAGCUUGGUUUGCCUCUCUCCAGUUUGUGCAUGGUGCCAUGUAACACCAUCUUUGGAUCUCAACACCAAAUGGAUGUUGCCCUGUUGGACAAAUUGAUCAAAGAAGACAUUGAAACUGGGAAGCUUCCUUUGCUGGUGAUGGCUAAUGCAGGUACCCCUGGGGCAGGCCACACUGAUAAGCUGAGUCGUCUGAAAGAGUUGUGUGAUCAGUACGAAUUGUGGCUUCAUGUUGAGGGGGUCAACCUUGCAACCCUUGCAUUGGGCCACACCACCUCUGCUGUUAUGGCAGCCACCAGAUGUGACAGCAUGACUCUGACACCAGGUCAGUGGCUUGGCUUGCCGGCUGUUGCUGCUGUCACUCUUUACAGACAUGAAGACCCAGCACUGUCUCUGGCAGCAGGUUUGACCUCCAGCCAGCCGGUGGAGAAGCUGCGAGCGCUGCCUCUUUGGCUCUCCCUGCAGUAUCUCGGUCACAACGGUAUUGUUCAGAAGAUCAGUCAUGCCACGGCCCUGAGCCAGCAACUCCUGCUGAAGCUGAAAUCUGUGACUUCUAUCAAAACAUUGGUGGAAGAUGAACAAAGCUCUCCUGUUGUGCUGUUUAAGUUUUCCCAGGAAAUGAGUGCUGGACCAGUUGUGGGCUCAGUGGAUGGUUUCUGUUCUGGAGAAAAAAAAGUACUGGAUACCUUCAAUAGAUGGCUGGGUGAGCAGCUCGCUCAGCUGGUUCCCUCCAGCGGAGUAGAUAUUGUGGAGCUUGAAGAUGAAGGAAUCUGUGUUCGUUUCAGCCCCCUCCUUACUGCUGCAGUUCUGGGCACCCAGCAGAAAGAUGUUGAAGACUUGCUGGAAAAGCUUGUGGAGCUGGUGCCAAAAAUGUCUUCCACAAUGAGUUUAAGACAGGACUUCAGGGAGGAGACCCACCGCCAUUCACCCACACUCAGAUAUGUAGAGGAGUGCAGUUGGCCUGGACUUGGAGCUGUCCGGUAUGAGACACAGGCUGAAGGAAUGGAUGGGAGUAGGAUGAAGCAGGAGCUGGACAACACUAACAAUGAGCUGCUGAAGAAACUGCAAGAACUUGAUACCGACAUCAUCUUCUCCAAAGGCUCAGAGUUUGUGUCAGAAGAGAACUGCAUCUUUGUGGGCAUGGUAACUGAAGACAUUGAUGUGUCAGAGCUGGUGAAUACAAUUGUUUCCCUGGGGAAGGAAAUCGAGGAGAGUGGAAGGCUGUUGGAGAACAUGACGGAGCGGGUGAGAAAAGGCAUCCUGGAUGCAGAGCUGCAGCUGCAGAAGGCCAAUGAGGAGAAACUCUUAGAGGAGGGAAUGCUGAGACAGCUUCCUCUGGUUGGCUCCGUGUUGAACUGGUUUUCUCCAGUCCAAAGCUCCAUAAAGGGGAGGACCUUCAACCUGGCAGCAGGCUCUCUGGAUUCCACAGAUGUGACAUACUCCACCAAGGCCCAAGCAGGAAGAGCAUCCUUGCAGGACACCCCCACUGUCUCAUCUAAAAAAGUGCCAGGUCAGAAGUUGUUUCGGCGCUCAGGGGGAAACUCUGACUCCGUUAGUGAAACCAGCUCCAUGGGACCACCCGAGGAGAUAACCAGAGAAGAAAGCACCUYAGAGACCACCGACCCUUCCAGUUUUCCACCAGCCCCUGAGACACUUUACCCCUUCACCAGUGAUGUGACCCUGCAGAAUCCCCAGGAGACGUUACAGCAGGUGAACACGCAGGUGGAGACUGAGGAGGAGAGGCAGACUGAAGGCCAAGAGGUGGAGCAGAGUGGGAGAUAGGACGUCUUCUCUCUGCAGGUGUCCUCCGUCCAUCCACUACAUGCAGCCAGCUGUGUCUUAUACUGUGACAAGUGUUUGGUGGUUUGAUGGGAAAAGGGAAAAUGACCAGACUGACCUGUUUGUUUUGGUCCUAUUUUGUCAGGGUGGUUAAGUCUGACCCUCACCAGUCACUGAACUUACUUUAGUGCAUUUUACUUCUGUUGAAGGAAUGGUAUGGCCAAGAAAUUUGGGUUCUGUGUAAAAGUUAUCUUACCCAUUAUAGAUAUAUCAUUAAACAUCUUCAGUUUGGAGAAUUUGAUUUUAAAUCUGACAGAACUGAACACAGGGGUCAGCAGCCUUUACAGUUCUCCACAAAUCAAAUGUGUUCAAAGUUAUAGAAUCUAAUAAACUCAUUUGUUACUUUCUGAAAUUAAACAACUAAAUUAAACUGGGCGUUUAUUUGUAUUUUUAUAUUUUAGCACAAAGGAAAAGACAAAACUCGUAUGAAAAAGAAAAAGCAUUUUGUGUAAACCCCCUUUGAUAAAAUGUCACCACUGAAUUAUAAGAGGCCUAUGUGAGUCCAAACUAUAUUUCUGGAAAAUUAAUAAGUUACUCGCUUUGAAAUGAAGCUUCAGUUGGCAUAACAGUAAAUUAUUUGAUUAAAGUUAAAACAAAAUGAGGACAGUAAAUCAUAUAAAUCUAAUAAUGACUAAAUUCAUUCAUUUCUGAAAUUUUUUUGGAAAACAAACUUAAAGUUCUCAGUUCUCAGUAUGACUUGUCAUAUUUUUACAGAACUCCUGAUUCUAAUAUCGCAGAACCUAAAACUGCUGUUUGUUUUCUUCAAAGGAAGGUUUAACUCUCCAUUAAGGUGUAAAAUAAAGUGUUGACAUGUUUGUUUCUUGUCUUAGUAGCAUUCUGUUACUGAAAUUGUGCUCACGUGUAGCAGAAAACUGGACAACUGAUCAGCUACAAUUAGUUUUUCCUGUUUCUAAACAAACUUUAGAUAUUCAUGUCCAUCUUGUUUUUUUGGUAAAAGUUGCACGGAGCCUGGUGUGGCUCCAGAUUGCAGACACUGAGCUAAUGGCUAGUCUGAACGCAGCUAAGACCACAUUMGCUUGCUGCUAGCUUAAAACAAUCUUUGAUAAAGUUAACAGUGACUCAUGCAAACUACAUUAUUUAAAUGUUAACACCACAGUGUUGCAUUACACGCUUAUUACAGCAGAAAUCGUCUUGAAAUUCCUGAAGUGACCCCCGGAUUUGUUGAAAGCGCUAGCUGCUGCUAAUUAAGCUUGUAAGUAACCACAGAAUUCCUUGUAAACAAGGGUGUAGUGUGAAAWUGAUGGAGGUGUAAAGGUUUAUAAAACACUGUUUUCAUAAAACUGCAAGAAACAUUAAAGAUGCUUUAGACAACAGUGAUUCACUUUUGUUUAACUGCAUUCAGACUAGUCGUUUGCUCAUCAGUCCUGUCACAGUUAAACURUAUUUCUUUAAAYKGAGUUGGUUCAAAGAGCUAUCUCCAACAGGUAAGGUAUUAUUUCACACAGAACACUGUCAGAAUGGCCAAACUUUUCCUUUAAAUUGGUAGUCUUCCCCUCUCCUGGCUGCAGCAUUCGGUAACAUGAAUGUUUUCAUGAACAGGUCUAUUGAGAGAAAUGAAAGUUGUCAUAAGCUGCUGACCUUCAGAAGAAAGGAGCAGCUGCGUUUAUCUUGUAUUUUGGUCAAUUUGGGAAAUAACAGCUUUUUGUUCUGAGCUCCGUAACUGGAAAUCAGGCAACUUAACGAUGAAGUAAUCAACAUUUUAGUGGGAAUGUUUAGAUCCGUUGUUUGUCCAAACGCAUUCAGUAACAACUUCAGCUAAAAAAAAUAUAAGAAACCUAAAUAAUUGUUUCAUAUUUAAAUGUCUACUGAUGUUAUUUAUCUGUUUACAAGCCUCAAACGCUCCCUUCAGGUCAGCAACGUAUCGAUGUAUCACAGUCACUGUCUGAAGACAUGUAUGAAGAAACAAAUAUGUCGAGUUGAAGUGGASACAAGAAAAUAAAGUUUGAGUCACAUUA